AUGGCAGACUACUGUGAAAAUGUUCUCGAAGAGUGCAUAAAAAGGCCCACUGCAUGGACACGUUGUUAUGAGGACAAAAUUAUGACCUGCAAGCCAAGAGGUCGCUUCAUGGGAGGCAUCAAACAACUCAAAGUAGACUCACUUCAAGAGGUUGAUGUGAGUCCUACACAUGAACAUAGGGUUCACAUCCCAUCAUCAGCUCUCCAGAGAAGCAGAGGAAAUGUGCCUGAGGUGGAGGUCCUGGUGGUGACCUCUGUAAUUAACAGCAGUCAUUUUAAGCCAAGUCCUCGUUCAAAAGGCAGGCAAAUACAGUUUCACCGCAGAGAAGGCACUGUGUUUAGGGGCUCAGUCCUAUCGGUGAAGGCAGGAACUCUUUCAGUGAAAAACCUCCAGCAACCCAUCAAAUUAAUCUUCAGACACGACAAAGAGGUGGAAAAUGGGACUUGUGUAUUUUGGGAGGAAUCAGCGAUGGGAAAUGGAACAGGUUAUUGGAGCACUGAAGGCUGUGAAACCAAUAACACAGGAAAUGAAUUUAUUUGCAGCUGCAACCACCUGAGCUUCUUUGCUGUGCUUGUGAACCCACAAUUAUCAGUGAGUAAAUCUCAUUCGGAGACACUCAGCUACAUCACUUACAUUGGAUCAGCACUCUCCGUCGUCUUCACAUUCAUCAGCUUGAUCAUCUAUAUUUGUCUACAUCGUCGGCGUCCUGAGAAGACAACUAAUCUGCACAUGCAGCUAACAGGAGCAAUGCUCUGCCUCCACCUCAGCUUCCUGCUGUCCUGUUUCUCGGUAUGGCUGCUGAAUGAGGACAGCCCAGUUUGUCUGGUUCUGAGUCUGAUUUUACACUGGUCUCUGCUGGCCACCUUCAGCUGGACUGCUCUGGAGGGGUUCCAUCUCUACCUUCUACUAAGCCGGGUUUUUAACAUCACUUUCAGGAAAUAUCUUCUCAAACUCAGCUUAGUUGGAUGGGGCUUCCCGACACUAGUCGCAGUGAUUUGUGCGAUUUCAGGUGUUUAUGGUAAAUACACCCUGCACAUGCGGGACGCCAAACUCUCCAAUACAACAGCACACAUAUGCUGGAUGAACAGCGAGUUUCCCAAGAAGCACCUUAUAACCAGUUACAUCACUACAGUGGCCUUUCCUUCCUUGGUGGUGCUGUUUAAUGCCUGUGUUAUGGGACUAGUUGUGUUUAAGCUCUGGGGGAUAAGAAGGGGUACUGGAGGCUUUGGAAGCAACACUGGCUGGAAAAAGACAAACAAAAACAAAGGCUGGAAUUUAUGGAAGGACUCUGUUAAAGUGCUGGGCCUCAGCCUUGUGCUGGGGUUACCUUGGGGGUUAACCAGCAUCACAUAUGUUUCACUCACUGGUAUCUAUGUAUUCACAAUAUUCAACUCCUUUCAAGGUGUCUUCAUGUUCCUGUGGUCUUUGGCUUUGACCAGGAAGCCUCAAUCAAACAAUAACUCAUCAACAGACACCUGUCAGAAAAAGCUGACCACCAGUUUAAAUAACAGCCAAGACAAGUGAAUUAUCCUGACUUGC